AUGCCACCAGGUCUAACGCCUGCGGGGCCUGAUAAUGACCGCGGACCGCAUCCGGCCACAUUACCCAGAGCUCAGGACGAUGUCAUAACACCGGUCCGCGAGUCGCCCGGCCUCACCAGCGACCGGGCAGAGAGGAGGUCUACCCAAAAGGCAGAAGAUCGGGAAAGAGUUUCCGUCGAUAAUACAGGCACUGAAGGGCGCAAUGGACGUAGCAGAGACGACGGCACCAGCAGCAGGUGGCGGGGCUAUGUCAGAAGGGACGGCAAGUUGAGGCCGUUCCGGUUGCUGAAGGAGGAUUUUGGCAACUUCAAGCUGCGGUAUCUUUCUGAUUGGACCGUGUUCAACCAGCUUGUCCUGGCGAGUGCGGUGUACGUCUUCUUCACAAACAUCUUGCCUGGCAUCACGUUUGCGAGCGAUUUGUAUGUCCUGACUGGGGAGUCGUGGGGCACAAUUGAGGUGGUGUUCAGUACCGGGCUUUGCGGCAUCAUUUUUGCCUUGUUCUCGGCUCAACCUUUGACGAUUCUUGGUGUUACGGGGCCGUUUUCGGUAUUGGCAGAGAACAUUUACACAUUAUGCGAGAACUCCUUCAAGAUACCCUUCCUACCUUUCAUGGCCUGGUCUCUGAUACACUCCGGCUGGAUGCACUUCCUCCUGGCCAUAUUCAACGCCCACGACUACACCAUGCAAUACGUCACCGACUUCAGCGCCGAUAUCUUCUCCCUCCUCAACAGCGUCAUCUACUUCCACAAGGCCAUCAGGGAGCUCCAGCGCACAAAGGCAGCCGUCUCGCUCGCGGCGUUUCUCUACUCCAUCAUCGGCGCGGCGGGGACCUGUCUCCUCGCCAUCUUUUUGUCGACAGCGGUGUCGUGGAAACCACUGUUUCACAGGUACGUCCGCAUGGGCCUGACCGAGUACGCCGCCGCCAUCUCCAUCAUCUUCUUCAUCGGCAUGCCGUACGUCGGCGACCUGGCGACCCUCGACCACAACAGGCUUGAGGUCUCCAAGUCGUUCCGGCCGUCGUCUCCGAGCCGGGAGUACUUUUUUAUCGAGUUCUGGAAACUGCCCAUUGGCUGGAUCUUCAUCGCCAUUAUCCCGGGCAUCAUCAUCACCGUUCUCUUCUACUUUGACCACGAGAUUAGCAGCAUCAUCUGCACGGCCAAGCGGUACGGGACCCAGAAGCCGGGUGGUUACGCGUGGGACGUCAUGCUCCUGGGCAUCACGACGAUGAUGUGCGGCAUCCUCGGCAUCCCGCCCGCCAACGGCCUCCUCCCGCAAGCGCCGCUCCACUCAGAGUCCCUGAUGUACACCGUCUACGAUGACCCGCCGCCCACCGACGACUCCGAGGGGCCCGGCGAGGGUCCCCCCGCGAAGCCCGUACAGCGCGUACACGAGCAGCGGUACUCGGCCUUCAUCCAGGCGGCGGGCAUCCUGCUCUUUGUCUCGCCGCCCUUCCAGCACGUCUUGGGCUUCACGCCGACCUCGGUCCUCGCGGGCCUGUUCAUGUUCAUGGGCUUCCAAUCGCUGUCUGUGAACCCGAUCCUGACGAGGAUCUGGCAGCUCCUGACCCCCAUCUCGGAGCUUCCCGAUCUGCCCCACGGCGCGAGCUGGCUCGGGAUCCAUUUCUACACGCUCGCGCAGAUCGUCCUCACGGGUAUCGUUUUUGGCGUCACGUUGACUGUCGCCGCGCCUGGGUUCCCCAUCAUCAUUAUCAUUUUGGUCCCCGUACGUUUAUUCUUCAUGAACAGGAUCUGGAGCCGGCAGACGUUGCGGUACGUCGAUGGAUGGGCGACUAGAGAGGGCAAGCCGGAGGAUGACGAGAGUGAUCGGCACCGGGAGGGCUUGGUGGCCUCGAAUGAUAUAUCCAGACGGGUUCCUGAUGAGGAAAAGGGUUCCAAGACGGCAUAA